UCUGACCCAGAGAGAGGCGGAGCUGGGGUUCAAACCUCAGUCUUCUGAUGGCUGGGCCUGGGGCCUGGGUGUACUCUGUUGUUUUGGGAAGUGCAAGAGGAGACCUCUCAGGAACAGCCUCACCCAGCAGCUGAGAGCCCACUGGAGCAAGGGAAUCAGGACUCUGGAGUCUGGAAGGCCUGGGUUUGAGCCCCAGGUCCACCACGUACCUUCCGUAAAACAUUGGAAAGUCACUUCACUUCUUGGAGUCUCAGUGUCCUCAUCUGUAAAUGGGAAAAUACUCCCCUGCUCCGUCUUAGCACACAGCUGAGUUAAAUUAGAUGGCCUUUACAAAGCACUGGGCACAUGCCACUGAGUAUCAUCUGGGCCUGCUGAAAGCUAAGCUUGCCAAGUAUCGGGCCCAGCUCCUGGAACCGUCCAAAUCGGCCUCGUCCAAAGGAGAGGGCUUUGAUGUCAUGAAGUCGGGCGAUGCCCGUGUGGCGCUGAUUGGAUUUCCCUCUGUGGGUAAGUCCACAUUCUUGAGUCUGAUGACCUCCACGGCCAGCGAGGCAGCGUCCUAUGAGUUCACCACUCUGACGUGUAUUCCUGGGGUCAUUGAAUACAAAGGUGCCAACAUCCAGCUCCUGGACCUUCCUGGAAUCAUUGAAGGCGCAGCCCAAGGAAAAGGCCGUGGCCGGCAGGUGAUCGCUGUGGCGCGCACGGCUGACGUCGUCAUCAUGAUGCUGGAUGCCACCAAGGGAGAGGUGCAGAGGUCUCUGCUAGAGAAGGAGCUGGAGUCAGUGGGCAUCCGCCUCAACAAGCACAAGCCUAACAUCUACUUCAAGCCCAAGAAAGGCGGCGGCAUCUCCUUUAACUCGACAGUCACGCUGACCCAGUGCUCGGAAAAGCUGGUGCAGCUCAUCCUGCACGAAUACAAGAUCUUCAACGCGGAAGUGCUCUUCCGAGAAGACUGCUCCCCGGACGAGUUCAUCGAUGUGAUCGUGGGCAACCGGGUGUACAUGCCCUGCCUAUAUCUGCGGCAUGAAGCUGAACCUGGACUAUCUGCUGGAGAUGCUUUGGGAGUACUUGGCCCUGACCUGCAUUUACACCAAGAAGAGAGGACAGAGGCCAGACUUCACAGACGCCAUCAUUCUCCGGAAAGGGGCCUCAGUGGAACACGUGUGCCACCGCAUCCACCGGUCACUCGCCAGCCAGUUCAAGUACGCCCUGGUGUGGGGCACCAGCACCAAGUACAGUCCGCAGCGGGUGGGCCUGACGCACACCAUGGAGCACGAGGACGUCAUCCAGAUCGUGAAGAAGUAAUGGCGCCUGCUGGCCUCCCACCCACCUGCCUCGUCUCCCUGGGGAGGUGGUCCCACUGGGACACACAAACACCCAAACAGAAAAAUACAAAUACACGUACCCCAGGAAGGGGUCCCUCAAGUCUCUGCUAUUUACAGAAGUUUCUUCAGACAAAGAGUGUGUUGGGGCAGAGGGGCUCGGUUGGAGGCAUUUCCCAUAAGGCUGAGCCCUCUCAUGGGGGUUUUGUUUGUAGUGCUGAGCCUGCAUCUGUGCCCCCCAGCCCCCUGCACUGAGGGAGCAAGUUGCCCACCUGCCCGCCAGCCAGGGCCUAAAGCAGAUGGCAUGCUCAGUGCCAGGCUGGUAGCUGGGCCUAUUUGGGUCCCUGGAGGCUGUGGCUGCUGUCACGGCACCUCACUCCCUCAGCUCCUGCCAGCUUCUCUGACACUUGGGUUGGGGGUCCUUCCAGGGGGAAACCCCCUUGGGUGCCCCACACAGGGCUCUCCAUGAUGGGAACCAGCAGUUAGUGGCUUCAAAGGCCCAGCUGACACCCUCCACAGCCUAAGGGGUGUCCUAAAGUGCCUCCCCCUGUAUUCCCCCUCCCAGGGCAGCCCCUGCCCAGCACAGAACCCCAGGACCCUGGCUCUGCACGCCUGGGGCAGGGACUUUUGAGUUUAGGAUCUGUAUUUUCUAAGUCCCCAGUUCUCCUGGCUCUCCUUUCUGAAAUAAAGGAUUGAAAACGGUU